AUGAAGGGAAAAAGCAAAGGGUGCCACCAAUUCAACCCGAGGAUGCCGGUGAAAGUAGGUCCAGCUUAUAAUGAUGCAAAUGACGCUGACAUUAGGAUUUUAUCUCAGUUUAAUGAUCCAUCACUAGUAUUAGAAUCUACUCAGGCUGAUGGGCAAGAUCAUUUAAUGGUGGUCAACAAAGAUGAUGAUGUAUUCUCUUCUGGCAAUACUCAGAAUCAAGGCAGUCAUUCAUUUCGUCAUAGGAAUACGAUGGCGGUUUCUAAGGCUCUUUCUUUGGUUUACUCAAAGCUGGCAAUUACGUGA